GUCCCGGCCCCGUGACGCCAUCAGGCGGCGCCCGGCGGCGGGGGCGCCCCUGUCGGCGGCGGGGCGCGGCGGGCGGGCGGGAUGGCGGCGGCCUCGCUGUGGAAGGGGCUGGUGGGGCUCGGCCUCUUCGCCCUGGCGCACGCGGCCUUCUCGGCGGCGCAGCAUCGCUCCUACAUGAGGCUGACGGAGAAGGAGGACGAGACGCUGCCCAUAGACAUAGUUCUUCAGACUCUGCUAGCCUUUGCAGUUACCUGCUAUGGGAUAGUACAUAUCGCAGGAGAAUUUAAAGAUAUGGAUGCCACUUCAGAACUAAAAAAUAAGACAUUUGACACAUUAAGGAACCAUCCGUCAUUUUAUGUAUUUAAUCAUCGUGGUAGAGUAUUGUUCCAGUCCCCAGACACAGUGAAUUCUUCAAACCAAGAUGCGUUGUCAUCCAGCUCGUCACUGAAAUUUCGAAAACUUGAACCUCUGCGCCGCUAAGACUUUUACAGAUUAUAAUAAUAAUACAGGACACUGAGAUGUAAUAUUCAAGUCGGGGAUGUAAACACUUUUUUUUAAUUUCUGGAGCAGUAUUUAUAUUGAUCUUCCAGACUUUAUAAAGUAUAUAUAUAUAAACUAAGGACCUUCUUUGUACACUGUUAAUGGAAAUGAAUUGUGAAUUGGCAACGCAGUGUAAAUUAUUCUACAAUUAUGCUGUGAAACACAUCUUCAAAUUUUCAUAUAUUAAAAAAAAAAAAAGUUGCAGGUGACCUAA